AUGCCUGGGACCAGCCUUUUCCCCGUCGUUUGCACCGCCGAAGUCCCUACCUCCGUCAUCGACAAGCUUUUGAGCGAAGCCCACGCCGCAAGCGAGCGGCUGGUGCCCGGUAGCGAACCCUGCCUCGCCGUCAUCACCACCACCGCCGCUGCCGCCGACGGCGCCUUGCUCCUCCCAUCCAGCCCAUCGCAGCCGCCGCUCGAGCCCUUCGCAUCGGCUUUCCUUGGCCAGCCCGUCGAAGCCGUCGCGCAGCGCCUCAGCAGCACAGACGCGUCCUUCUUCGCCGUGCUUGACGAGCGCUCCGCCGCCGACGAAACGGCGCUGGUCGUCGUCGCCAGCAGAGGAACCGGCGGCGGCGUUCAGGACGUCCGCGUUACCUUCGACGAGGUGCAGCGCCUGCUCACGGCUCUGGACGUCGGGUCGCUCGGGAUCGAGGAGGUCCGGUCCAUUGCGGAAUCGAAUGGUCGCGUCUAUGGGCCUGCUCGUGAGAGUGCGCAGAAGGGCCAGCCGGCUCCGAGGAAGAGGCUCGGGGCGUGA